AUGCUCUUUGGCAGGACCCUGAUCACGCAUUUGAGCAAGCUAUGGGGGAGCGCAGCACCAGACCCAGCACAAACAGAGGAUGCGUGGGAGGUGGCCGAGGUGUUGGAAAAGGAUGCCUGGGAUUGGGAUCUGGUGGAGGAGGACGCCAGUAGCUCUCCGGCGCUCCAAGUCUCAAAGACCGCCGUACGCGCGGGGACCGAAGGCUUGGAGACGGAGUGGCUGAGCCAGGCAGCGAAGCCAGAGGUGCAUGCCAUAGAGGCCGAAGAGGAAGACUUCCAGGAUGCUGAAGAGCCGGAAGACACUGAAUACGCAGAGGCGGAAGAGGCCAGAGAGGUUGAAACCGCUGAAGAGGUUGAAGAGGCUGAAGAGGCCGAAGAGGCUGAAACGGCGGAAGAGGCUGAAGAGGCUGCCGAAGAGGUUGAAUGGGCGAAAGAGGUCGUGGAUGAGGGGUCUGAGGCAACUGGUAACAUUGCACCAGAGGUUGCUUUUAAGCCGGUGGAUGAUGCUGAGAAGUCCUGGCUCCCCGAAGAUGUGGCUGCAGAGCACGCUAGGAGCCUUUGUUCAGAGGUGCCUGUGGCAUGUGAGACGGAGCCCAAAGCCUGCUCCGAUCUCGCAGUGGAGAAGCCUUCUGCCGAUAAAGCUGCUAUGAUGACAAGGCUCUGGUGUGGCACAGGCAGUGUGCCUAAGGGCGGCCAGGAAGAACUCGCCAGAAAGCUGCAAAAGCGAUUGGCGAAGGUUGAGCAGGAGGGUUUUGUGCUAUUUUCUGGGCAGAAGCCCUCCCAUGCAGACGCCCGAGCUCAGCCGGCGGCCGAGGCUCGGCAGGCGCGGCAGGCGACGUCCCAUGGGUAUACAGCCCAGCUCCUGUACGCUUCCAAGCGGCACUCCUGGUUUGACUUCGAGGUGACGCCUGUGGCGUUCGCCUCCUUCGGCCUGCUGGCGCCCCCGGAGAGUCACCCGGCCACCCCGACCGGGAACCAGGCCCCGCCCAGCGCGGCGCAGAUCGCCGCGAUCCCGGAGCUGCUGAAGCCGUUGUGUCUGGGGGAGGAGGAGGAGAUCGGGCUGACGUGGUCGGAGUGGUGGGUGCGCUUGUUGGCCUUCACGGGCCCCGGAUGGCUCAUGAGCAUCGCCUACGUGGACCCCGGGAACCUCGAGGCAGACCUCCAGGUGGGGGCGCAGUUUGGUUACGUGCUGCUCUGGGCGCUCCUUGGCUCCACGCUGGUGGGCCUGGGCAUGCAGCUGGUGGCGGCGCGCCUGGGCUGCGCCACGAAGCGCCACCUGGCGGAGCACUGCAGGGACGCCUUUGGGCCCCCCACCAGGACCUUCCUUUGGAUCGUGACGGAGAUGGCCAUCAUCGGCUCUGACAUCCAGGAGGUGAUCGGCUGCUCCAUCGGCUUGGAGCUGCUCUUCGGUUUGCAGCUGACGACGGGGGUCUUGGUCACCGCCUUUGCAGCCUUCGUGUUUCUCUUUCUGGAGCGUCUGGGCACGCGGCCCCUGGAGCUGUUCUUCGGGGCGCUGAUUUUGGUGCUGGCGCUGUCCAUGGGGCGCCUGUUCUUCGUGAUCUCGCCGGACAACUUGGCGGUGGUGGAGGGCCUCGUGGUGCCGCGCCUGCCCCCCAAGGCGCUGCCGCAGGUUGUGGGGAUGAUUGGCUGCGUCAUCAUGCCCCACAACCUCUUCCUCCACUCGGCCCUGGUGCAGAGUCGGGUUGUGCAGACCGGGGGGGAGGAGGAGGCGAUUGGCCUUUUCACGAUCGAGUCCACGGUGGCGAUCCUGACCUCGCUGGUGAUCAACACUUUCGUGGUGGCCGUCUUUGCCAAGGGUUUCUUUGGAGACCCGGACACCGCGGACAUCGGCCUGGCCAACGCGGGGAAGUUCCUGGGGGACGCCUUCGGGCAGACCAUGAAGAUCGUGUGGGCCUUGGGCCUGUGCGCCGCCGGGCAGUCCAGCACCAUGACAGGGGCCUACGCGGGCCAAUGGGUGAUGCAGGGCUUCCUGCAGCUCCAAGUGGCGCCCUGGAAGCGCGCUCUGAUCACGCGGUCCAUGGCGCUGGUGCCGUGCCUCUUUGUGGCCGUCUACUUUGGCGACCGGAGGGACGGGCUGGACGUGCUGAACGGGUACCUCAACGUGCUGCAGAGCCUGGUGCUGCCCUUCGCCGCGGUGCCGCUGCUGAGCUUCGCGGGGAACCCACGGAUCAUGGGCCGCCUGGUGCUGCCAGGUUCCGCGAAAGUGGCUGCCUGGGGCGCCUUGGGCCUUGCCAUCGCCGCCAACAUGUACCUGGCUCUGCAGCAGCUGGAGGGCAACGUGGUCAGCACGGCGUUGGUUUGCCUGGCCUAUGGCUGCGCGGUGGCGCACGUGGCCUGGAAAGCCAACACCUGA